GACGUUUAACAAUCUUAUCUGUAAAGCUUGCUAGAUCCCAUCUUGCCCUACCAUUCCCCUUCCAGUUUCGCGUGCUCAAGGUUAGGGUUUAGUCUUGACGAUGAAGCCGUCAACGGCUGUUUCUCUCGAUCGGCUAGGCUGAGCAGUAUGCUAUCUCCGAUGCCUCGGUUCUGCUGGGUUUUAUUUGAGAACAAUGUUUGGGAUCGACUCGGCAGCGAUGGAGGCAGUAACAGCGGGCUCAGCCCGUUUCCCGCCUCUCCUCCGCAGCUGCAAUACCGUACGGAAAGCAGCAGCAUCUAGUUCAAAUGCUGGAAAGCUUGGUGUUUGCGGAACCAAGCAAGCCGGCCUACGCCGCAAGAGACAACGAGAAGCUGAAGGUCGGCCAGUUAGUGCCAAAUCUGAUUCCCUCAUCAGCGAUAUCCCCGAUAGUCUCCUCAUCUACAUUCUGCAACGCCUUCCGAAUCCCAGAUCGGUUUGUGCGUGCAAAUCCGUCUGCAAGCGUUGGAACCUGCUCAUCUCCGAUCCCGACACCCUCCAUCAGUUGGUUUCUCGCCACAGGAUCAAUCUGACCGGCGAAAUGGAGGAGCGGCGACCUCUGUUGAUCUAUUUCGAUCGGCCUCAAACACACGAAUCAAUCGUGAGGAGCAUCGUUCCUUCACAUUUCCUCUCCAACAAUGUUCCCUAUGAUGACCGCCACUCUAUCCAAGUCAUCUCGUGCUGCAACGACUUGCUCCUGUGCGGGAGGAUUAGACCUAAAAACAGGUACCGCAGGAGGUUCUUUGUCUGCAAUCCGUUUACAAAGCAUUGUGUCACACUCCCUCUGGUCCCUCGACACCUCACAUAUCGCGAAGGAUUCUACUUUGGAACUCAUCGUUCGGGUACCGAGAUGGAGGCAUCCCUAAUUGGAUUUGUUUGCGAACCCUGCUUUUAUUAUGAUGAUGCAUCUAGCAGUAGUAGUCAUGUGGGGACAACACUGCUGAAGAAUCCCAAGUUUCGAUUCCGUGUAGUGUUCUUUUUCAAAAGUCGUAAUGGUCUUGGAGUGACCACCUUCUGCUCUGAGUCGUGGGAGUGGAAGUUCUCUAGUUAUGGAUAUCAGGAAGUGGAGGUUGAAGAAACAGUUAUACCUCCCACCGCACCCUAUAUUGGCAUCGGCAAUGCUCAUUCUACCUCUACUUCGGCAGGGACGAAGCUAUUUUGGAAGACUGCGCAAGCCAAGGUUGCUGUUUACGAUCCUUUCAGCGAGCAAAGUCCACCACAGAUCAAUUUGGUUGAUUGUUCUCAUUUAUGGUCCAAUGAUAUUGUUAACAACAAUUUCUUGGUUGGAGUUUCCAAAGGCUUUUUGCGUGGGAUGGUGUUUCCACGCCCAGGUCCAUCAACCUACAACAAAGAUGGAUUCUUUAGUCUCUGGAAGCUGGAAGAGGACCAGGACUUGGUGGGCGGCUAUAGAUGGAGUUUGGACUAUCAGGUGUCCAUGCGAGUGUUGUACAACGUUAUUGUCCGACGACAUAAAAUGAACAAGAUAGAAGGAGGAAGGAGGAAGAAGACACGGUUGGGGGUACUGGGUGUUCACCCAAGCAGGCCAGAGGUCAUCUAUUUUGAGUGUCGUGAUUAUGCUAAAAAGCAUAAUCAUGACCCUUUCUUCUUUGAUUUCAAUCAUCACUUCAGAGAUGGUCGCAUUGGCGACCUGAAACUGCCUGAGGAUUAUUCUUACGAUCCUAUUUAUGUUGUCCCCUUUGAUGUGCUUAGGCAUAAGGUAGUGGGAGAGAUUAUACCGAUUGCUGAUAUUAAUGCGACCCAUCUUAGGUUUAAAUAUUGGGGCAGGUUUGGAGUAGGUGAUCCAAUCGGCUGGGCUGUAUUCCAGCCUUCGAUUCCUUUUUGGCCGACUCCAAUUCCAGUGCCAGAUGUUAUAACCGAAUUUGCUGAAGAACCAGAGGAGAACAUCAAGGAGGGUACUUUGGGAUUCAUGUACAGUGUCUGGUGAAACAACUGAUAAACUAAGCAUAGAUCUAGAUGAGCAGCAGAGUGUGUUGUGGUUCGUCAUCAAGAAUAGCAGAGUAUGGCUAGCUUACGGUACUGAGGCAUGGAGGAAAUCUAGAGUGAAGGUGUGAACGAGUUAUUGUUGUAUUGUUCCGGUGCUGCAAUGAUAGUGUUAUUUAUGGAGUUGUGGUUAUGUAGACGGAUGUGUAUGAUAUCUGAUACUCGUGCAUCUACCUUUGCUUCUCUGGAAAAUGUUCCUCAAAUAUUUUGCAUUCUGCCUUUUUCAGUUCCUGGUAAUGUAGUAAAACCUUCUAUUGGUU